ACGGACGAGUUUCGGAAAAGGACUCGGGUCAAAGUCUCCGGUGGCGGCGGUCCUUGAUUAGUGCCGGUAGGGCAGGGGGUCUAGAAGUCCGGGUUCAGAACGUCCCUGCAGGGACAGGCGGCGUUGAUGGCGGCGGUGGGGCUUUGGGGAGCCGCAGCCCGCCGUCUGAGGCCUCUCGCGGCCAUUGGGCCGGCCGGGUGCGGGCAGACGCUGCAGAUCCGGCCCUCGACCCCGCCUUUCUGGCCAGGGUCGGGCCGGUCCCUGCACUUGUCGGUGGCGACUCCAGCCGGCCACAACAAAUGGUCCAAAGUCAGGCACAUUAAGGGCCCCAAAGACACGGCCAGGAGCCAGGUCUUCACGAAACUCUCGAGGCUCAUCCGUUUUGCUGUCAAAGAGGGAGGUCCCAACCCUGAGUUAAACAGCAGUCUAGCCAACCUCCUGAAAUUGUGUCGAAGCAAGAACAUGCCAAAGUCAACUAUUGAGGCAGCACUGAAAAGUGAGAAGAACAAAGACAUCUAUAUUCUCUAUGAAGGGCGUGGCCCAGGUGGCUCUUCUCUACUCAUUGAGGUACUUUCUGACAGUGGUGCCAGGUGCCAUGCAGACAUCAAGCACAUCCUGAACAAACACGGGGGGGUGAUGAGUGAUGGGGCCAGGUACUCCUUUGAUAAAAAGGGGGUGGUCAUGGUUGGCACAGAAGACAAAGAGAAGAAGACUGUGAACCUAGAACGAGCCCUGGAGUUGGCAUUCGAGGCUGGAGCUGAAGAUGUACAGGAAUCUGAGAAUGAUGAUGAGAAAAAUAUGCUUAAAUUUAUAUGUGAUAUCCCUUCACUACAUGAAGUAAGGACAAAACUGGACUCCCUGGGCUUGUGUUCUGUGUCCUGUGUCCUAGAAUUCAUCCCUAACAUGAAGGUGAAGCUAUCAGAUGGGGACAUGGAGGCAGCUGCCCAUCUAAUCGAAGCACUUAAUAGCUAUGAGGAUGUGAUUCGAGUCUAUGACAACAUUGAAUAACAGGGUUUACCUGGAAAGAGACAGCCUGGUGUCUCACUAUUCAGAUAGCAAUCCAUCUCAGUAGUAUGAAUUUCUACAAACUACCUUUGGGACCUGAGGAAAACAAGAUGCCUUGAUAGGUCAUCAGUGUAUUAAGCCAAGGUCAGUGACAGUAGAGAUUUGUGCCACAGCCAACUUGUUGAGUGGUCAUUGCCUGUCUUGCUGCUCCAUGAGGAGAGAAGACCCUUGGAAUCAUCAUACCAGUGGCAUGACAUGGCAUGAUGAGGAAAGCUGAGAUGAUGUCUGAUCCCUGCUCACUGACUAAACCUAGAUGGCUAAUCAAGUUGCUGCCCUUGGCUUAGUCUCUGACCUCAGAAAGUCACCCUUUACAUGACUUAUGGGUGAAUCAUUCUGAAUGCCUGGAAUAGGAACUGCUUUUUGAAUAGUAACAAAAAUGAUUUAUAUUAGUAA